AUGGAGAUCGAGGAUCUAGCCGUCCUGUGGACGGAUCUGGCCUUCUUCGACGACGAGGAGAGGGCCCCGGCCGCUCCGCCGCCGUUGUCGCCACCACCACCAGCGAGCACACCGCCACCGUCGCCAAAGCCGCCAAAUCCCCAAGUCCCCGUAAGGGGGACACGAAUUCAGCGGUCCGACACGAUGCAGCGCCGAAAAGCAGUCAUGCUUACGGCUCUGUUGCUCCUACUACCUGGGCGCCGAGGACGUCAGCCGAAGGCGCUGGCAGCCACUACAAUGGCUACCACCCGCCCCACGCGGCUACCAACGAAUCCGCCGCCGCAACGGCCGCCGCAGCAGACGCCGCAGCAACGGCCACCGCCGCGACGACCGCCACCAUCGCCGCAUCGACUGCCACCACCGCCGCAGCAGACGCCGCCGCUGACGUCACUAUCACGAGCCACAGGGAAGUAA